AUGCGCACCUGUUUGAUUGUUGCCGCACUUCUGGCGGAGGCUUUGGCAGCCCCGCGGAGACCACGCCCAGAGGGUGGUAUCGUGCAUCGGCGACAAGAGGGCAGCGACCAAGAGCCCCCAGAGUUCGCCAUACUCGACACACCUACCAGAUUGCCUUUCGGCCCUACUAAUGCACGCGGCUCCUUGCGUGGUCCGACUGGUUUAGCAGGCUACAAUCCAAGCAAUACAGUGGACAAAGAGCUUCCCGCCUACAUCCCCGCAGAUCAAGUUCACCUUGUGACGAACCAGGAAGCCGAUACUGAUCUUGGUCUAUAUCUUGAUCUCACUGAGGUUGACGUUCCCCAGCCUAUUCGUGGUGGUGACAAGAAAGCGCCAACUGACCCUGGUCCACGGAACAUCGAGCUCGAGAAGCAGAACAGCGAUCUGUACGCACCUCCCGGAACCGACAGUGGCGACGUCCCCAAUGCCAAGUGGCCCUUGGGCCUGUCACACAAUCGACACGGGAAGAAUAGCGCUGGCUGGGCACGACAGCAAAACGUAGAUCAGCUGCCUAUUGCAACUCAGAUGGCAGGUGUGGACAUGUAUCUAGCGCCGCAUGCCUACCGUGAGCUCCAUUGGCAUCAAACCAACGAGUGGUCGCUGAUUUUAAAUGGCUCCGUCCGCGUGACUGCUGUUAACGAGGCCGGCGAGACUUUCGUGGACGAUCUUCAGCAAGGCGACGUCUGGUUCUUCCCAGCAGGCGUGCCUCAUUCCAUCCAAGUAUUCGAUGAAGGCGUCGAAUUUCUGCUCGUUUUUGACAGCGGUGAAUUCAGCGAAGAUGGAACCUUCUUAGUCUCCGAGCUGUUCGAACGAAACCCCAAGUCGGUACUCGCAAAGGAUCUCAGAGUGGAUACCUCCGCGCUAGACAAGAUUCCAGAAGGUCAACUCUAUAUCUUCAACGGCACGCCSGCACCCAAGAACAUUUCCGAAUCGAACGUGACAGGUCCAGCAGGUAGCAUUCCCCUGGAUCGCACCUACUCGUACCACUUCUCGCAACAGGAACCAUAUGAAGUUGAUGGUGGGACCAUCAAGAUCUUAGACAGUAAUACAUUUCCCAUCGCGAAAGAUUUUGCUGCAGCUCUGUUCACCGUUAAGCCAGGCGCCAUGAGAGAGCUUCAUUGGCACACGACCUCUGACGAAUGGGAUUACUUCAUAGCAGGUCAGGGGCGACUCACUGUCUUCUCGGCACCCCAAAGUUCAAGGACUUUUGACUUUCAAGCUGGAGAUACUGGUUACGUGCCCGCAGUCGCAGCUCACUACCUCGAAAACACUGGAACUACUGAUCUAGUAUACCUGGAGGUUCUACAAGCGCCCACGUACAACGAUAUUUCAGUCGCACAGUGGCUUGGAUUAACGCCCAAGCAGAUUGUUAAGGAUCAUCUUGGUUUCUCUGACGAUACUCUUAAUCGUCUACCAAAGAUCAAGCCAUUCAUCGUACCUGGCAAUAAAAACUUGUCAACUACCAACUUUACAGAGGAGGCAGAGUAA